AUGAAGGAGAUCCUACAUCCCUACUUGGACCAGUUCGUAGUAGUAUACUUAGAUGACAUAGUCGUCUACAGUAGCACUUUGGAGGAACAUGUGGAGCACUUGAAGAAAGUCUUCAAAGUUCUGCAGGAGAAUCAGCUUUAUGUCAAGCGGGAGAAGUGCGAGUUCAUUAGUGGGAACUCCACUAUAGCUGCCCCACUGACCGAGCUGCUGAAAAAGAAAAGGCCAUGGGAGUGGAGCGAGGAGUGCCAGGAAGCAUUUGAAGGUCUUAAGGCUGCGAAGGGCAAUGUAGUGGCCGAUGCAUUGAGCAGGAAGACUGAUCCAGCGGCCAUCUCCUCAGUUCGUAGUGAAUUCCAAGGCGCUAUCAAAGAUGGUAUGCAACGCGAUCCGGACGCUAAGAAGAUAAUGAAACUGGUUGCUCUAGGCCAAACCAAACAGUUUUGGGAAGAAGAUGGAUUCUUGCUUACCACUGGCCGAAGAGUUUAUGUACCCAAGUUCGGAUUCAUCAGGAGGCGUAUUAUCAAUGAAAGCCACGACACUCCGUGGGCUGGGCAUCCAUGGCAGAAGAGAACGAGGGCGUUGAUUGAAGCCUUCUAUUUCUGGCCACGAAUGCUGGAAGAAAUUUAG